ACUACAUUUUUAUAUAUUUUUCAUGUACACACUUAAUGAAUAAACAAAACAAUCUUUAAAUAGGCAUACAAAGCACUAUUAAUCACAUGUCCACUAUGUAGCCCACUACUUGCUAUCCCACUACUUGCUAUCCCACUAACUAGACCAUUAUCUAGACCACUAUUUGUUAACCCACUAACUAAUUAUUAGCAACUAAUUCUAACUAUUAGGAAAACUAUUUGACUAAUUUUGGAGCAUAAUCCAACAAUGAUAGGAUACCAAGGAUGCUUAUCUAAAACUUUCAUCAAAUCACAAAAAAAAAAAAUAUAUAUAUAGCUACAAUUAUGUAGCAACUAACGAUAAAAAGAAUAAACCGCGUUUAAAACGGAUUUGUUACACAGUUAGGAAAGGUCUGUGUCGACAUAAAUUUACUGGGGAAAACAGCAAGAUCAUUUGAAUAUCCGUAACGUACUGCUGCAAUUGUAAUUUACUAAUUUAGCUAGCAGUAUUCACAAUUUUUGGCACUAAAACACUAUAAACAACAUAACAGUAACAGUACGUGAUCAAUCUUUUGUUAUAUUGUUGCACUGAGUGUCCAUUCAUUCUGCUGAACUUGUUCUGAUCUUAUUCUUCAGAGAAAAGUAGGCUUAUCAAAACAUAUGAAAAACAAUGUAUAGUUUGUUUCUGCCAUCAUUCCAUAAACUAAUUUUCCAUCCUCUCUUCCUCCCUGUGUUACUCGUUGUUAUAUUUUUCUACAAGUUUCUCUUUCAAACCCCUGCUACUAGAAAAAACCUCCCGCCCUCGCCAACAAAGCUGCCAAUCAUAGGGAACCUUCAUCAGCUAGGUCAAUUACCUCACCGAUCUCUUGAAGCAUUGUCUAGAAAACAUGGUGAGCUUAUGUUCGUAUACAUGGGUUGCAAGCCAACCCUUGUGGUAUCAUCUGCAGAUGCAGCUCGCGAGAUCAUGAAGACUCAUGAAACAAUCUUCUCUAAUAGGCCUAAAUCUCGUAUAAUCAGCAGGCUCUUGUAUAACUAUAAUGAUAUGGCCUUUUCUCCUUACGGAGAUCAUUGGAGGCAGAUGAGAAGUAUAUGCGUCACGCAGCUCUUAAGCAGCAAAAAAGUUCAAUCAUUCAGGAGAAUAAGAGAAGAAGAAGCAGCUUUAAUGGUUGAAAAGAUUAAGAGAUCUUGCUCAUUAGUGGUGAAUUUGAGGGAAAUUCUCGUCACAUUCACAAAUGAUGUGAUAUGUAGAGCAUCGUUUGGAAGAAAAUAUAGUGGUAAUCAGGAAGGAGAUGUUCGUUUUGAGAGGCUUUCGGAGGAAGUGAUGAAGUUGCUUGGGGCUUUAUGUGUGGGAGACUUUGUACCUUGGCUUAGUUGGAUUGAUCGAUUGAAUGGUUUGGAAGGUCGAUUGGAGGACGUAGCAACACGGAUGGAUGCAUUUCUUGAAAAGGUGAUACAAGAACACCAAAAUGGCCUAAGCACUCGGAGGACGAUUUGCAAUGAGUCAGACAAGGAGGAGAAUGUUAGAAAUUUUGUGGAAAUUUUGCUCGAAAUUCAGAGGGAAAACAAAGAUGUUCUUCCACUAGACAGUGUCAAAGCUAUUAUAUUGGAUAUGUUUGUCGCUGGGACUGACACUAGUUACACACUCAUAGAAUGGACGAUUUCCGAGUUGAUUACUCAUCCUAGAAUUUUGAAAAAAUUACAAGAAGAGGUGAGAAGAAUCGUUCAAGGUAAAGCUCACAGAGUAUGUGAAGAUGAUUUGGAGAAACUGACAUAUUUGAAAGCUGUAAUUAAGGAAGCACUUAGGCUGCACCCUCCAGGUCCUUUGUUGCUCUUUCGAGAGUCGAUGCAGGAUGUCAUGAUAAAUGGUUUCCACAUUGCUGCAGGAACACAAGUAAUUAUCAAUGCAUGGGCUAUCCAGAGAGACCCAAGUUUUUGGGAAGAACCUGAAGAAUUUCGCCCUGAGAGGUUCCUAAACACUAGUUUAUAUGAUUUCAAAGGAAAAAAUCUCCAAUAUAUUCCUUUUGGAGCAGGUAGAAGAGGGUGUCCAGGGACAUCAUUUGGCAUGGUUGUUGUUGAGCUUGCUAUUGCGACUCUCAUGUAUGAGUUUGACUGGAAGUUCUCUGGUGAGAAGUUAGACAUGACGGAAAUUCAAGGUCUCACAGUUGGUAGGCGAGAUCCUCUUAUGGUCAUUGCAACUCCAUUUGCCUGCACAUAGACGAUCUUGAGUGUAUUGAACUUGGUUUGUACUUGGUGACUUGGUGUUGACUGUUGAGUAAUUGAUCCAAAAUCCUGGUAGCUAUUAUUUAGGAAGUUGGGUCUAUUUUUUCUUUGUUAGUUGGAGUCUUAUAGUGGUGGAAUUGUGUUGCCAUAAUCUUAGCUAAUUUGUUUUUGUUGAUUUCUUAGUCCUAGUCUUUAGGGAUGCUUUUAGUGGUAUUUAGCUUAUAUAUAGGCAUAGUCGAAUA